AUGCCACUCACCUCGCUUGGCUUUAUCAGAAGUACUGGCGCUGAUGUUUUUACAUCGUCUUUCCUUGUAGAUGGUGUCAUCUACCAUUUCAUCGGAAGAUUGAGCGCCACAACCAAACUAUUUACUUGCUACAAUGCCACACUUACAUAUAAUUCAAAGGACGAUCUCACAGCAACGCGUCAAGUGAAGGGUUUCGUGGGCCCGAGCACGAUUUCUAUGGAGAUAGAUAAUGGACCCACCAUCAGCGGAACACUCGACCUGCCUAUAUACCCUCCAGGUGAUUUGGAUGGAAGCGGUAUUUGGAACAUGUCCUAG